AUGCCACCCACUUCCACUCUACGACCCGCUCGAACAGCACUCCAAUGUCUAUCCAAAGCGCCAAAACGCUGCUACUCCUCGCCUUCAACACCUCCGACCUCUCCAUUCGCGCCACGACAUCUCCUCUCCAUCGCAGAUCUCACACCCGCUGAAUUCACCACUCUCGUCCGAAAUGCCUCGUCCCACAAAACAUCCAUAAAGUCUGGGUCGAUUCCCAAGAGCCUGCUAGGAAGCUUGAGUGGCCAAACGAUAGCUAUGAUGUUCAACAAACGCUCCACGCGAACUCGAGUCUCCACCGAAGCCGCCGUAGCAACAAUGGGCGGCCAUCCUAUGUUCUUGGGGAAGGAUGAUAUCCAGCUAGGAGUCAAUGAAACGCUAUACGACACCUCGGUGGUGAUUUCAAGCAUGACGUCCUGUAUGGUUGCGCGAGUAGGACCGCACUCCGAUGUUGCGGAUCUUGCGAAGCAUUCCAGCGUGCCAGUAAUCAACGCCCUAUCCAAUGAUUACCAUCCUCUGCAAACCAUCGCCGACUUCCUCACCAUCUAUGAAGCAUUCCCAUCGUCGUCCCCUCGCAUCUUAUCUGGGGUACCGAGUCUUGGUUUGGAAGGAAUGAAAAUUGCGUGGAUUGGAGACUCGAAUAAUGUUUUGUUUGACCUUGCGAUCGGUGCAGUGAAGUUGGGUGUUGAUAUCUCGGUCGCCAGUCCCAAAGGCUAUGAAAUUCCCCAACGCAUGCGGGAGGUUAUACUUUCUGCAGCUGAAGGCGUCACGAGCCCGGGAAAGCUGACUGAAACGAAUGUGCCGGAAGAAGCAAUCAAAGACGCUGAUAUUCUAGUAACGGAUACGUGGGUGUCGAUGGGGCAGGAGGAAGAAUCGGCCAAGAGACUGAAGGCUUUUGCUGGAUACCAGAUUACGAAUGAUUUGGCGAAGAGGGGUGGUGCGAAGCACAACUGGAAAUUCAUGCAUUGUCUACCAAGACACCCAGAAGAAGUUGCAGACGAGGUGUUUUACAGUCCCAGGAGCUUGGUAUUUACCGAGGCGGAGAAUAGGCUUUGGGCUGCUAUUUCUGCUCUGGAGGCAUUUGUGGUAAACAAAGGAAAGAUCGCUUAG